AUGUUCUCUACAGUAUGGGUGUCGAUCGUUUCGCACCUUGCGUUGGCCUCAGUCGCUGUCGCGUCUUCCGCGUUCGAGAAGAAAUGUCUUGCUUUCGAACCCGAAAGGUACAUCAAGGAUGCAACCCGUAACGUCCUACAACAUGUUCCGGCGGGCGCCAACUUGACGUUCCCGGAUAACGACGCGACGUGCGGCCGAACCAGCCAAAUUGUCUCAGUAGACCUUUGCCGUAUGGCACUGGAGAUAAAGACUUCCAGAACUUCGAAGAUUACUUUUGAAGCCUGGUUUCCAGAAGAUUGGUCGGGUCGCCUCCUGGCAACGGGAAACGGGGGUAUCGAUGGUUGCAUCAAGUAUGAGGAUAUCGCGUAUGGGGCUUCGAACGGUUUCGCUACCGUUGGCGCAAACAAUGGCCACAAUGGUACUACAGGGGUAGCCUUUCUCGAUAAUCCUGAGAUGGUGGUAGACUUCGCCUGGAGAUCACUUCACAUGAGCGUGAAUACCGGCAAAGCCUUGUCUGGGGAGUUUUACGAAAGGGAUUACACCAAAUCAUACUACUUAGGUUGCUCUCUCGGCGGACGUCAAGGCAUCAAGAGCGCAGAGAAGUUCCCAGACGACUUCGACGGCAUCGUUGCCGGCGCACCGGGUGUCGAUUUCAACAACCUCAUCUCCUGGCGCGCACGCUUCUUCACCAUCACCGGCCUUCUCACCGGCUCUAAUUUCAUUUCAAAGACAGCCUGGCAGACAUGGAUCCAUGACGAAGUGUUGCGCCAAUGCGAUACCAUCGACAAGGUCAAAGACGGUAUCAUAGAGGAUCCAACUUUGUGCAAGUUCAAUCCUUCGAUGCUCCUGUGUAGUCGCAAUACCACAGGUAAUUGUCUGAACGAGCAUCAAGUCCAGCAACUCCAGACGAUCUUCAGUGAUUACAGGUUCCCUAAUGGAGAGCUAAUCUUCCCCGCCAUGCAGCCUGGCAGUGAAUUCAACGCUGUAGACAAACUGUACGCCGGAGCCCCUUUCGCCUACUCGGACGACUGGUUCAAGUACGUCGUAUACAACGAUCCGACCUGGAACGCAUCCGAAUUUGGUCUAGACGACGUCCGCGCGGCAGAAGAUCUCAACCCAGGCGACAUCCGCUCUUACCCAUCUUCCUUGCCUGGGUUCAAGCAAAAUAAUGGGAAAUUGCUCAUGUACCACGGACAGCAGGAUAACCAAAUUACCUCUUUCAACACGAACCGCUUCUACGAGCAUCUUCGGGGUAACAGCAGCUACGAAGAUAUGGACGAAUGGACGCGUUUCUUCCGUAUUUCGGGCAUGUUCCAUUGCAGUACUGGUCCUGGUGCGUGGGUGUUGGGUCAGGGUGGGAACGCGGCUCAAGCAGGUAUUCCGUUUGAUGCGAAGCAUAAUGUUCUCGCGGCCAUGGUCGAUUGGGUUGAGAAGGGUGUUGCGCCGGAGUAUAUCGAGGGAACAAAGUUUGUGAACGAUACUGUGAAGAGUGGAGUGAGUUUUACAAGGAGGCAUUGCAGGUAUCCGGCGAGAAACACGUUUGUCGGGGGUGAUUACAGGAAGCCUGAGAGCUGGGAGUGCAAAUCAUGA